UUUCGUUCUGUCUGUCAUACCGAUAACCACGCUCUUUACCGGUCGUGGUUUUAUUUUUCUGUUUUAGCUAUAAGGCAAACCAUAAAUAUCCAUUUAGUAUCCACUUGGUGUAUUAUAUUAUUUUCUUUUUAAUAAUAUAAUCUUAUCUAUAAAAAUGAAGCCACCAUACAAAAUUGCUGAUGAAAAAUUGGCCGAACUUGGCCGCAAUGAAAUAAUGCUUGCCGAGAAAGAGAUGCCUGGUCUAAUGGCUUGCCGCCAGAAGUAUGGCCCAGCUAAAAUUUUGAAGGGAGCUCGUAUAGCAGGCAGUCUUCAUAUGACAGUUCAGACUGCUGUGCUUAUAGAAACACUCAUUGAAUUAGGAGCUGAAGUUCAAUGGUCAAGUAGUAAUAUUUUUAGUACACAAGAUGAAGCUGCGGCUGCAUUGGUUGCUGCUGGAAUUCCCAUAUAUGCCUGGAAAGGGGAAACUGAGGAAGAAUAUAUAUGGUGCAUUGAACAAACACUUAUAUUCCCUGAUGGAAAGCCCAUGAAUAUGAUCCUUGAUGAUGGAGGUGACCUCACAAACUUGGUUCACACAAAAUACCCCCAUCUUUUAGAAGGUGUAAAGGGUAUUUCGGAGGAAACUACUACAGGUGUACAUAAUUUGUACAAGAUGUUCCGUAGUGGCCUUUUGAAAGUUCCAGCCAUCAAUGUUAAUGACUCAGUAACAAAAAGCAAGUUUGAUAACUUAUAUGGAUGCAGAGAAUCUCUACUUGAUGGAAUCAAAAGAGCAACUGACAUAAUGAUUGCUGGAAAAGUGUGUGUUGUAGCUGGAUAUGGAGAUGUUGGUAAGGGAUGUGCUCAGGCAUUCAGGGGUUUUGGAGGCAGAGUUAUUGUUACAGAAAUUGACCCAAUAAAUGCACUUCAAGCAGCAAUGGAAGGCUUUCAAGUGACAACUAUGGAUGAGGCAGCUGAGGUUGGACAAAUCUUUGUAACCACUACUGGUAACAUUGAUAUCAUAUGUAAAGAACAUUUUAUAAAAAUGAAAGAUGAUGCAAUUGUUUGCAAUAUUGGGCAUUUUGAUUGUGAAGUUGAUGUUGCUUGGCUGGAUGCUAAUGCUAAAAAAUUAAAUAUUAAACAACAUGUUGAUCGAUAUGAACUUGAAAAUGGUAAUCAUAUUAUUGUUCUUGCUGCUGGAAGACUUGUCAAUUUAGGGUGUGCUACCGGACACUCUUCAUUUGUCAUGUCAAAUUCUUUCACUAAUCAAGUUUUGGCACAGAUUGAACUUUGGACUAAACAUAAUGAAUACCCCAUUGGGGUUCACACUCUACCUAAGAAAUUAGAUGAGGAAGUAGCAGCAUUGCAUUUAGACCACUUAGGUGUUAAACUGACAAAGCUCACACCUAAACAAGCUACAUAUAUUGGAGUUCCAGUUGAAGGGCCAUAUAAACCUGACCAUUACAGAUAUUAAAUGUAAUAAAAAAAUAUAUAAUUGUGUGUUUGAUAACAAAAUGAAAUAACUUUCACUACAGUUUUUUCUUGGGAUAAUGGCAUAAUAUAUGAAAUAAAUAUGCUUAACUUGUAAUAAAAAAAUUAAUAAAUAA